UUAGUUUCCGGAAGUGUAAACCGAGCAGAUGCUUCAUAUCCGCGGAUAAACUACAAGAAAUUAAACUAUUUAUCUGAUUAUAUUUAUAUAUUUCAUUGUCAUUAUAUCAGGCUGUAAUGGUAAAAAAGUAGUAGUUUAAAAAGAAGAAUAAAGAAUUAAAGAUUUAACGAGAAUGAUGGACCUUUAGGUUUUUAUACUUCUAUUGAGCUAGCGAGUAAAAAAGGAAAGAAAAAUACCUCAAAAUGUGAAACAAAACAAACUGAUAAACGGAUAAAAGUGUACAGAAAAGGGUGAUGGAGAGCUAUGAGGAGUUCUGCUUGAAGAGCCUGGCCCUCUUGCACGCGGAGAGGAGGUGCAGCGCGCGACACGGCCACACGGAGGCGCGGUCCGCCAUCUGCUUCCACGGCAGGCACGCGCUUCUGCCCAGGCUCAGUGAAGAGCAGCGUGUCGAGAUGGCUGAACAGAGACAGAGAGCAGUGCAGAGGGAGUGUGAGAGACACACACUGAGACUCGGGUCUCUGCUCGAUCGAGUGCAAGAUGUCAUCAAACAUGUACAGUUGCGGAAGGUGCAGGAUGAUGAAGUUAACGAAACUGUAGAAGCCUCAUGCUCCGAAAGAACACAAAUAGAGGAGCAGCCACACACUGGCCUCUUCUUAAACAGUACUGCACAGCGGAAAGAGACCCUACAGCUCCUGAACAGCCAGAUGGAGAGAGUGGGGAAAAGAGGAGAGGAAAAAGGAGAGGAAGAGUUUCAGCCAGGCUGUACUGGAGAGAUCCAAGUAGGAAGUGAGGAUUUGAGACAUGUAGAGCUGCAAAGUGACAAGAAAAAGCAAAGGGAAGAGCCUGUCUCUGAUAGGGAGAAUGAAAGCUGUAGAACACUGGAGCAUGUACAGGUGAUGGAGUGUAGUAAUUGCUUGGAUUGUAGCUCUGAUGUUGAUCCAAGGUCACCUGAUUCAUCACUGACUGGACUUUCUAUUUGUGCCAGUGUAAUGGGCUCUUAUGCCCGGUUACCGAGUCCACCGAUCCACUGUUCACGCAAAAUGCUCAUCUCCGUUCCCAUUAACGAGUCAGAGGUCCAUCCUCAUCACUUUAAAGAAACAUUUAAAAACUCCAGCCGAGGAGUGACAAUUUCUAUAGAACAGUCAGCUUUAUCAGCAUCUUCUGGUGCGGAGUGGAACUGCAGCUGCUCUGACCUAACAAAGACAAGCUGUAAUUUACUCAUCUCUUCCACUCCCAUUAGCUUAACGUCGAGCAGACCAAUCUGCGUGCUAAACACAACCCAGCCAGAGAUCCUUAAAAAAAAGAAAACCCAGCGUAACCACUGCACCACCCAUCAGCGCAUCCCUCCAGCUCCGCUCAAUCAGUCCUACGAUGUGGAGAGUCCGUCCCCGACACUGCUCAGGCCACAGAUCAGCUCAGGCCCUGAGGCCUCAGAAACCUUCGUUAGACACAGGCUGGAGCUGGUAAGACGUCCACAGCACAGAAUGAACCAGGAGCACUUGGCUGCAGCUGAUACCCUCCAAGAUAAAACAGUAGGUGAUGUCCAGGUAUUAGAAACACCAUGUGAGCAUUUGAAAGAACAACACACUCUCCAGCUCUCUGACAUACCCAAAACACAGGACCAAGAGACACAGUGCCACCAACAGUUUCAGGAACGGCAGAAGGCAGCAUGUUGUCUAACUGCUGCAGCCCGAGGUUUCCUCACACGCCGUCUUCUCCAGACCGAGAAGAUUAAACAACUGAACAAAACCAUUCAGGACUCCAGAGAGGUCAUUCGUUUUUUUCAGGUGGAUACACACCAGAGGAGAGCUUCUUUCACUAUGCAGGAUCUCAACCUGCAGCACAGAGUCAGAGCACAGCUGCAUGCAGCCAUGCGUGAUGUGUAUGAGAUCUUUUUUGUGUGGCCUGUGACAGACAGAAUUGCUUUACUGCAACAGGAUCGAAAGCUGCACAGUGAGAGGAGGGUAAAAAAAAAGGAAAAAGAUAAGCGUGAUCAGAACCCACCCCGCCAGUCCUCUGUUACCCAGAAUUCCUUGGGCCGCAUGAGACAGAGGGUUCUGCAGCCGACUCAGAGCCAGAAUGCACCGAUCUUUUCUCAGAAACUCAAACCAGCGACAGUGAUGAGGAGGACCGCAGGCAGCCUCAGAUCUCCUCAGUCUCUGGGCUAAAGGAUGUAUUGGGACUGCAAUCAAAAUGUGUAUGGAUGACAAAGAUGUAGUACUUUAAACUAUUUUAAGAUCUCACUAUGUAUGUAUCUACGGAUGUAACCGAAUGCAAACACGUUAUUUGCAGUGAACAGAUAGUGUGUUUCUAACAGACACAAAUACAGAUAUGAUACAAAAGCACACCAUCCAUCUUUUAAAGCUUGCCAGGAAGUUUCUCAUGGCAUCUGGUUGAGACUAAACAAAAGGUGAGCCUCAGGAUUGGGAUCCCUGCACGAUGCAACAAAAAUGUCCCAAUAGCAGGAGGUUUUUACUUUAAUGGGAGCUUGAGGAGGUAGGUGAUGCAUUUACAGCGUCUUUAGUGACUGCCUGGUCGGUUUCAAAUUAGGCUACCAGAUUGUUUACAUUUUGUGAAUUAGAACCAACUACACUUGUUAGAAAAAAUCAGGGGAGGGUACAAACUAAAAUAAUAACUGCAUGAACAGGAUUAAAAAAAAGAUCCUUCACACAACUAGUUGAGACCAAUUAUGAACUCAAGUGAUGUAGCUGAGGUUGAAGAACUGUCAGAGCCAGAAUUCACACACCAUGCUGAUAGCGCUGGUAUUUCUGCAUUUUUUUCAGUGUUUUGUAGUGUUUCCAGAGGAUAGUGGAAUGACUAAAUAAAAAAAGCCAGUUUAGGCCAUGCCCACACUGAGUUUAAAUCUUUCAGAUACAGAUAGUGACAUUGCAUCACAUCUCAAUUUUCAUAGUAUCCUCAUUGCGCUAUGGUUUUUACAUGGAUAUUAUAAUUAUUACACAUUUCUAGGAAAAGCAUGCUGAGAUUUAUCCUUUCAAAAAUGAAAUGUGAUCUACAUUGUUCUCACACAGUACAUUGUGGGUUAUAUCCAAUAUGAGACAGAGAAGACUGACCUUUAGGAAGAAUUUCUGAGCUGACACAUCCAAUAUUCCACUUGCUCAUGAAGCCAAACACACAAAUCCUUAAAAUUUUCAACAGGGCUGAGAUUUAGGGACUGCAGGCCACUCAAACAAUCAAAAACCCACUGACAUGUUCCUGGAAGCGUCAAAUAAUGAAAUAUAAUUCCCACUGAUGACUGAGAGGGGAAGCAAAAGCACUAUAAAGAAAGCGAAAUAUAUAGUCACAAAGUAUUUAAAGUAAGAUUUACCAAACAAGAGUACACAGUUCCAAAUGUUGAAUGCAAUACUGGUUUAAUCAUUAUGACUUGAGAAAUUUCUUGAGGAAUUAUAAUACUGUGCUUUUAUUUGUAUUUGGUUAACACUGAAGGGUACUUAAAGGUACCAAUUUAAGAGUAUUUUUUUUACACUAGUACACAUAGGCAUAGUAAACAGAAAAAAAUAAGUGCUUGCUGUAAAUGUGCAAUACAAAAUAAUACUGUAUAGAACAAAAUCAAAUAGAAUAAAAAUGAUUUAAACAUUU